UAUGGAUAAAUUGUAUAAUUCUUUGGUUCCGAAAUUUAAAGGGAUCGCAAACUCAUACAAAAACCUGGCCUCUCACACAAAAUAAAUUGCUUCAAACACCCUUGAUAAAUUAAACAAAUAAGCAAUUUAAGGAGACAUAGUAGCAAUAAGCAAUAGAUUAUUUUGGAUGGAAUAUCCAUCCAAUGAUAAAAUAGAAAAAUUAUCGAGCUUUUUAAACUCUAAUCAUCAGAAUCAUUACUAUAUUUGGAAUGUUGGAGAAAGAGAGUUUACAACUGAAUGGUUUUGCAAUUAAGUAGAGUGAAAAAGUAAGUAGGUUGCCAAUCAUUCACAUCCAGGAUAUCCAUGUCCACCAUUGAUCGAGCUUUUGACGAUUUGCAAAAAUAUAAUCUAUUUUCUAAGUAGUGAUAGGAACAAUAUUGCAAUUGUGUGUUGCCAAGAAACUAGGGGUAGAAGUAUCAUGGUAAUAUCAUCCUUGUUGGCGAUUAUGGGUGCUGGUUACGUAAUUUAAUCAAAUAUAAUAUCUUAGCCAGGCGAAUGCUUAUUAAGAGUAUGUGAAAAGACCAACACAAAAGAUUUCUAAGCCUUAUUCCCAUCUUAGCAUUAAUACAUCACCUAUGUUGGGAAUGUCUUAAAUGGUCUAAAAUUAAAUAGUUCUUGUUUAAGAUUGAUAUCAAUUGUUAUAUCUGGAAUUCCUAAAGUCUAAAAUUGCACUCUGUUCAGACCAUACAUUCAGUUGUUCAAGAAUGAUAAGUCUAUCUUCAACUCAUUGACUGAUGGAGAACUAAAAAAUUAUUAAUAAGGGGAUUUAAGUUGCAUAUUCGAUCUCAAAGGAAUUGAAGUAAAAUUAUAUCCAUUUCUAUUAGCUUUCAGAUGACAUAUUAGUUAGAUGCAAACACUUUGAGAAUAAUAAAACUAGAGUGGCUUUAUUCAGAGUUAUGUUUAAUUGCUCAUUUUUAUUUGAUAAUGUACUUAGAGUCUGGGAUAGGGAAUUAGAUAAAAGUCCAUAAAUGAAAACAGAAAAAGACUUUUUUGUUGAUUUUAUUUUCGAAAGAGGAAAUUAAAAAUCAUUCUAAACUGCAGAUAGACCGUAAACCUUUAGUAACGAAACCAAAUCAUCUAAUUAAUUAUUAUUAUAAAUUGUAUAAGAAUGUAAAGGAUUAGUAGUAAAAGAAAAGCAUGUUAUCGAUGGAUUGGAAGUACAACAACAUGAAUAAAAGUCAAAAGAAGAAGUAUUCAGUUUGGGAAAUGAAAUAGAAAAAAAAGAUUGCGAGGAUUCAGAUGAAAAAUUACCGCACUACAAACAAUAACCAAAUAGUAAUAAUAGUAUAAAAAACGACAUUUAACCAUAAUAAUUAUUUACAGAGUAAGUUAAGAAUCCAAUCUAAUAGUAGUAAUAAGAAUAGUCAGCAUCACCAAAAUAAUAAUAAGUAUAAUAGGUAUAAACAGAAAUCAUCAAUUAAUAAUAAUAAUAAUAAUAAAUUACCAAAAAAGAUAAUGGAUCUGAUGAGAGUGAAGAUGAUGAUGAGUAAUUAGUUGCUAAAUUUGAACAAAAGAUCUAAACAAAAACAGGGGAUAGUGAUGAAGAUUGUGAUGAUUUCUUAGAUAAUUUAAUUAAGUAAGGAGAUAAACAAGAAUGA